AUGUUCGCCAACGACGAUAUCGAAGCCACAAACAUUCUCUACGAUAUCGCUACCAUCGCCCAAUCAUACGGCCUAAAAAUCAACGUUGACAAGACAAAAGUAUUGACGACAGAUAAAUCACCGAUUACGGUACACCUCAACAGACGAUCCCAAGCCCGGCUGCAAAAGGAGGAGGGUGGUCACACUGCCGAGGCGGCCAGAACCGGGAAACCGGCGAAAACAGGUAUGAAACCAAUGAAAUCCAAACUUAAAUCAACCGCUCAUGCUACCGCAUUCGGGGCAGCCGAUGCGCCAGCAUUGGGGAUCCAGGAUGCUGGUGAGAAGUUGGCUACUGGCCAAAGAAAGGGGGAAAGAGAAAAGAAACUAAUCACGACACGAGCGGAAGUAAAAAUAGCCGCGUGGAACGUACGGACGAGACACUAUGUUGGGCAAAAGGAAAUCAUCGCACGUGAGCUAUCCAGGUGCAAAGUAUCAAUUGCAGCGCUAACUGAACUAAGAAUCACGGGAUCUGGGACAACGACAAUCCAACAUACACCAGCCGAUGACACAAUGAUGCUGUAUUACUCUCGAGGACAAAAGCGAGAAGCCGGUGUUGGAUUUAUGGUGAACAGUCAAGCUGCCAAAAGUGUAAUCGCUUUCCAACCGAUAUCUGACCGUCUAGCGAUCCUCACCAUCGAUGGCACCAUCAAGACACACAUCGUCGCUAUCUACGCACCAACCGAGACCAGUCCUGACCCAAAGAAGGACGACUUCUACAACCAGCUUCAACACGCAUUCGACUCGAUCCCACAAACUGAGGCGAUCGUCUUGGCUGGAGACUUCAAUGCCCACAUCGACCACUACCUCGUCAAGGCCACGAUACAACUUCGACUACAACGGGCUAAGAAGAAAUCAUCGUCGUCAGUCAGGCUGGACUGGAGACAAUUGACAGACCCCAUUCAAAAACAGGCAUUUCAGAUCGCACUAUCUAACCGCUUCGCAGCUUUGGCUCAGUCAGAAAAUGUCGACAUGGAAGAAAGACAAAAUAUCGGACACCAUUCUGGACUGUGCCAAACACCUGUGUCCACCCACUCGCCUAAAAACGCAGCCUUGGAUAUCGAACGAAUGCCCCGACUUGCUGGACGACCGGAAAAGAGUGAAAUUAGUCAAUCACGAACGGAAUUCUUCGAAGAAUUGUACAACCACGAACCACCACAAGGACCACCAGCAGACCCGCCUCGCAUCGACCCACCAACAACUACAAUGCCUGCCGACGAGCCAACAAUCGAAGAAGUGAAGACAGCCAUCCAGUCAUUGAGAAAUGGAAAAGCACCAGGUGCGGACCAUGUUACUGCAGAAGCGAUCAAGGCCGGAGGAAACGUCCUGCUCCAUCGACUCCACGCACUUCUCCAAACCAUUUGGCAUACGGAACAAAUACCAUCUACAUGGAAAAAGGCAAUCAUCGUUCCAAUCCAUAAGAAAGGCGACAACAGCGAAUGCAAACAUUAUCGCGGUAUCAGUCUCCUCUCGAUCUCAGCGUUUGACUGCAUCCAUUGGUCGGCUUUGUGGAAAACACUGGAAACAGAAUACGUGCCCCUCAAGAUCAUCAAACUUCUCCAAACAUCAUACAAUGGAUCAACCAGCCAUAUUCCAAUUCGAAACGAAUCGUCUGGGGAGUUUUCUAUUCGGACUGGAGUUCGACAAGGAGACGUCGUCUCUCCUAUUCUCUUCAACGUCGUGAUUGACGACAGGUGGAUCGCCGACUACUGUAUACCUCAACAGUACGCAAAUCGAACAAGUCCAGGAAUUCAAAUAUCUAGAAUCGCUGAUGCAGGAAAGAAGAGUAGCGGCAACACCGGAGAUCCAUGGCAGAAUUGGACAAGCAGCCGUGACAUUCGUCUCCCCCAAAUGGUGCCUAUGGAAACGGACUAA